AUGUCAGGAAGCAAAGUGUUGCUAACGUAUAAGCAAAAAUGGCAAUCAAGAACAGAUCCUGUACAGGGACAUGAGUGCCGUAAUUCACUUUUUGUUGCUCCCGAUGAUACUUCUUUAAGCAAACCACCAGACUUGCAAGUUCAUUUGAUUGAUAAGCGUUCAUCAGAAAAUUACAACAGAAAUUCUGCGCACUGUGGAAAAUGCCUUCAGUCGUAUCAUCUCCAAUGCCUAGAUAAGCCCCAUAAGGAAAAGAAACACAUUGAAGUGUCUGGCACAAGACAAAUACCAAUUAAAACCAUUCCGACAAGUCUUGGUGAGGUUCCUUCCCAAAGAGAUGCAUAUGGGAAUAAGUCUAGUGGCAAGAAAGCAGGCUUAUCUUCAAAUGCUAAUGCUGGAGCAUUGGUCGAUGAUAAUAGUGUUGGAGGGAGGUUAGCUUCUCAAUUGGUGAUGAAUUCCGCUGUAAUUACUGCUGAUUUUGUAAAACAAAAAUCAUCAUCAUCAGCAGCAGCAUUUGAAAGAAAAAGCAGCUCUGAAUGCGAUGGUAGCUUGCCAAGAUUGAAUACAUCAAACUUAGAAGACACUGAUUCAUUCUCUAGAAAUAAGUUAGAUAAAUUAGGUGGUGAUUCAGCUUGCGUGAAACAAGUUGACCACCCCAUUGAUUACUUUCUGCCGAAGGAAUAA